CGGCUGGCCGCCCCGCCCACGUGAUAAGUCAGCGGCGGCCGGCAAGCAGGGAAACAAGUGUGUGUUGCCGCUCACAUCUCGGUCCCCACACCGCCCCACCUACCAUUCCUACCUGCAAUAGCCCAACCAGUGAACGAUUCCCCAUCACCCUCCCUCAGUGUGCCAUCCCCAACCCGCCCAGUCACAAUGAUGUCCAAACUGUACGUGGGAAACCUUCCGACAGACGUGAACGAAGGGACUCUGCGACAGCUCUUCUCCGAACAGGGAGUGAGUGCGACUAACGUGCUUGUGAAACGGGGUGGAUAUGCCUUCGUGGACUGCCAGGACCAGACAGGGAUUGACAGAGCCAUCCAGGAACUGAACGGCUACAGCUUCAUGGGACACAGCAUCGUGGUGGAGCCCUCAGUGGCCGGCGGUGGAGCCAAGAGAACAGUGUAAGUGCUGGCAAGUCCUCCUUUUAGUCUUGUAAGUCUAGUGAGGUUUUUCUUCCUAUACUCGUACGUGCUGUGAAGAUUGGUAGAAGUGUGACUGAUAGGAAAGAAAUGUUAUAUAUUUUUUUUUCUGUAGUAAGUAUGAAGAAGUUGAAAUGGCUGAGGGGAAAUAAAUGUUAUAUUCGGGGUUUGUUUUAUCCGGCACACGUAAAGAAGAUAAUUUUAAGUGGCUGAGGGGAAAGAAACAUCAUACUUUUUUUUUUCAGUCCAUCUAAAGAAAAUAAGUUAAAAUGACUGAGGGAAAAUAAGCGUUUUACUUUUUUUUUUUUUUUUUUUUUUUCUCCAUUACAUGUAAGGAAAACUAUCAGAAAUGACUAAGGGGAAAGAAAGACUACUGUAGUUUCCCUCCACAUGUAAACAAAUCUAGGGGAGGUAUCUGAGGUAGCAAAACAACAUUAGAAGGUCCCGCGUUCAAUCUCUACCCAAGAAAAGGUCAUUGUUUAGUGUCCAUAGUAAGGUCGAUUUAGUUACCGUCCUGCGUCUUCCCCGCUUUGCUUUUCGUAGCGUCUGUAGUGUUUAUCUGGUGGGUAUAUGAAAAGGACAGCAUAGUGUAGUACAUACAUUAAUACACGCUCAUAAGUUUGUCGUUCAGUAUUCUCCCUACAACCGCACUUAUCCGUGGAGAAUAAAUACGAGGAUUUGUUUAUGUCCCUCUGUCUUGACUCCAGAAGCGUAUAUACCAGCAAGAAAUACGUUAAACAUACGCUAAUAAGUUUUUUCGUUGUACCUUUCCUUUACAACCGGACGCGAAUAAGUUAAAGUCGCUCCAUCUUGUCCAUACAACCGUACUUACCUGCAGGAAAUACAUUUAUCAUACGCCAUUAAGUUUAUGUAUAUGUUCUCCCCUACAAUCAUACUUAGCUUCAAAGAAUAAUUGUAUCAUACGCAAAUUUGUCAACGUCGCACUGUGGCCCGUAUACAGAAACGCUUUGCUCUCUCCUCGACUAUUUUCAAAGGCCACAGAGAUGACUAGCAGGGUUCUCGAGUCUGUUCCUCCAGUUAAUAAUAGAAACCUUGUAAAAAUAUCGUCAAAACCCCGUGUAACCUCAAUUAAAAACUUUUGAAUGUAGUGGAGGCGCGAAGCAGGAGUGUUUAAGAAUACGACUCCUAACAACGAGGAACAAACGCAUCACCACCAAUGAGACACAAGCUGCAGGGAACACUAAUGCGAGGCGUAAAUGCUGCAAUUUCCUCUGCAGCACAAAAUGAGCAGGACCACAACCACCACCACCACCAUGGGACAGGAAUCACCAGCCCCGCGGCGCCCACUCAGUACAAGGACACUCGGGGCGUUAUUCUUGUUUAGGAGCCGCGAAAAUAUAGACUUUGACCCGCUCAGUAUGGACACGCGGCUCGUAAUGGUGGCGCGGAGAACACGAGGCAGCUGCUUCUCGAUUUAUGGGACUUGUAGGAAGAGGAGAAAAAAGAAGUUAGGUGGUUAUAAGACAAAAAAAAGUUGCGUAGCUUCUCUCCUCACCGACACUCAUAACAGUGAUAGGUGUGUGCGUAACAGGAGUGGUCAUAAGUAUGUAUGCAACACUGACCACUACUGGAUGAUUCAUGGAACUUGUAGGAAGGAGAGGGAGGGAAAAAAAAAAAGUUGUUUCUCAGUAUUGACUUGAAAUUCAUAACAAUAAUAGGUGUGUAUUUAACAGAAACGCUGAUACAUAUGUCUAUAACAGGAACAGCGAUAAAAGCAUGAACAGGGACGGUUAUUUUUUUUUUUUUUAUUAUUAGAUUUGUGAAAAAAGAGAGGUAGUUUCCCAGUGCAGUACAGUGACAGCUAUAUUUAGCACGCACAGCUGCUGGAAGAUUCAUGAAGUUUUGUGAAAGGAAGAGAAAAAGUUCCGUGGGUCAGUACAGCUCAGUGACAGCCAUAUUUAACCCCUUGGUAAUAUAUGAAGCUCGUAAACUAAAGAGAAAAAGUUACGUAGUUUCAUUAUAGAUUUGGAGUUGUAGCGGUGAUGGGUAUAACAGAGGUCGCUGCUUGAACACUUGCGGCGCUGCUUGGAAGAACGAGAGUACAUUUAUAGAAAGGAGUAAGUAAAGGAAGGUAUACAUUUUAACCUCUCAGUGCUGAUGUGGAGCUCUUAGUAGUGUGAGAGAUACCACGGCUUGUAAAUGAACCAGCUGCUUCAAGUUUACCAACACGACUUCGAAAAAAAAAUUAAAAUAUCAUAAAAGAUUAAACAUUUGCAUAAAAAAAAA